UUCAGCUCAGUUGCUGUUUGGACUCAAAGCUGCACACACAGAAUGGGACUCUCCAAACUGUCCCUGCUGCUGGUCUUGCUGUCCUGUGCAGAGCGCUGUCUGUCUGCUUCCUGUGUUGUGGACAGCUUCACCGUCAAAGAGGACUUCGACCCCAAGAGGUAUGCAGGGAAGUGGUAUGCUCUUCAGAAGAAGGACCCAGAAGGCCUCUUCCUGCAGGACAACAUCUCAGCUGAGUACACCCUUGAUGACGACGGCACCAUGACAGCUUCCUCCAAGGGACGGGUCACUCUUUUCGGCUUCUGGGUUGUGUGUGCGGACAUGGCUGCCCAGUAUACUGUUCCAGACCCUGCCACACCGGGCAAGAUGUUUAUGAACUACCAGGGUCUGGCUAGCUACCUGUCCAGUGGAGGUGACAACUACUGGGUGAUUGACACAGACUAUGACAACUAUGCCAUCACGUACGCCUGCCGCACGCUGAAGGAUGACGGGAGCUGCGACGACGGAUAUGCCCUGGUCUUCUCCAGAAACCCCCGCGGCCUGCCCCCUGCCAUCCAGCGCGCCGUUCGGCAGAAGCAAGCGGAGAUCUGCAUGGGCGGAGAGUUCCAGCCUGUUCUGCAGUCCGGGGCUUGCUAAGGAAAG